AUGUUGAGGAGGAUGAAAGCCUAUCUUGCAGAACACUCAUCCGACCAGAUUGAUGAAGGCCCCCAAGUGAUUCGAAUUCGUGCAAAAGAGAUCCAAGAUACAGUUUACGAUAUUGAGGACGCUCUUGGAAAGUUUGUGGCUAAGAUUCCACAUCACUUGCACAACAAUAGAUUCUCUCGGAUGGCGCACAACGUUACACAUUUCCCCCCUGUAUUGGAAGCAAGCAUUAAGUUAUCAAACAAGCUCAAAAAUAUUGAAAGAGGAAGCACUUUUGCUUCACUACCAGCACUAGAUUCACUUCUUGACCCACCAAUUCCCAACCCAAGACCUGAAGAAACUUAUAAUAAUAAUUUGGUUUAUCACCAAGUUGUUGAAGAAGAAGACACUGAGGGCUUUGAGGAGCGUAAAGAAAUACUCAUCCAACAGUUGGUGAAAGGAGAUGAUCCAAGUCCUUUGAAGAUUUCCAUCGUGGGUCCUGGAGGCUCUGGCAAAACCACUCUUGUAAACAGUGUUUAUCGGAGCGGAAGUGUGCAAGGAUUCUUUGAUUGUCAUGCUUUCGUUGAUGUUUCGCGCACCUCUGAUUGCCGAAAGCUCUUGCUAAGCAUGUUGAGCAAAUUUGAGGACCGAAUGCAAGAACCAGUUGCACAUCAUCAUCAUUAUGACGGAAUAGAUCCGGGGGACAAAUUGAGAAAACUUCUGGACCAAAAGAGGUAUGUGGUCGUUUUAGAUAAUGUUUGGAGCGACCAUGAUUUGGGAUGCAUUGUAACUGCUCUGCCAAAAGUUUCAGCUGUGGCUACUUUGCUAUCCAAGAAGCCACAAACUCCGUUCGAGUGGGAGAAGUUCCAUAAUAGCCUUGUUUCCAAUCUUCCGAUUAUUGAACAAGUUUGGGAUCCAAGUUACAGGGACCUUCCAAUCGAUGUACAAAGUUGUUUCUUGUACUUCAGCAUGUUUCCCGAAGACUACUCCAUCAAGCGUGAGAGGCUUAUUCGUUUGUGGGUAGCUGAAGGGUUUGUGACCCCGAGAAGAAGAAAAACAAUGGAGGACUUUGCAGAGAUUGAUGGGAAGAUAAGGACUUGUUGA